AUGACAAGAGCUGACAAUAAUACUCUAGGCAUUCCCUUGGAUAUUGCAUUGCGCGUGAUUGAUGCAGUAUCCUCAGAUCAUGUAACGCUUAAAGCAUGUUGCCUCGUCAAUCGGGCGUUGUCAGCCUACGCCCAAUCGCUUCUAUUGCGCAGAGUCACACUGGAAUCAUACCGCAUCUUCUGCCAAUACUUGCAAGCUGUCGACCCGUCGACCGACCGAGGACGGCAACUGGGGCAACUCACCCACGAGCUGACAUUCGUAUGUGAGUCCCCCAAAUACACGGAAUCUGCACAUCUGGCGAUACGUGACAUCUUCAAACUCUUACCCCGCCUCCCACAACUCGACCAUCUUGAAUUUCACCUUCGAGGCAGACACGAUUUUACCCCGGACCAACUAGACAUCCUAUCCCACGCAACUUCCAUCACCUCGUUGAGCCUACAUAAUUUUAGUAGGUUCGGUCAAUCGAAUGUGCAUGAUGUGCUUGCGUCUCUCCCACAAAUAACCAGGCUUUGUCUAGAGGGAUCUGCGUUUCGCAUAGUCCAGGGACGAGAGCCCCUGAAUAUUGCGUUAUCAGAGUUGCACUGGCACAUCGAUCUCGAUCCCUCCGCCCAGGAGCUCAAAUGGCUCUUGGGUGAAUCCUCCAACCUACGUGCUCUCUCUAUUGUUUCCUCCCAGUCAGAUAAGCCCAGGACCUUUCCCGAACGACUAUUGUUCUUCGUCUUGGAUCAAUACGGACACAACAUGCAUACCUUGCGGCUGUCGGACAGAGUUGACUCGCUCGACUUUGUGCAGUCGUCAUGUCCGAUGCUGAGUGAGCUUUCGCUCAGGUUUUGGCCGACGUCGUUGGUGCUGGAGACCCUCCCGAGGGGAUUGACUCAUCUUGCUUUGGCCAGGCCCGACAAGACUACAGCCAACGAGUCUGCACUGCGCGAGUUGAUGUCCAGCCUUACCAAUCUCACUCAUCUCCAAACUCUCAGUUGGCUCACAACGGAUGGAAUUUCAUCAAACGAACGCACUGAGUUUAUGGAGUUUUGUCAUACAAGGGGUGUGCGGAUCGUUGAGCCACCUCGUGGGAUUUGCCCUUCUGUGCGACUUGGGUCAACGUACCUGCCACUACCGUUUGCCCUACCCAGAUUUCGAUACUGUACCCCUUCAAAUUUGUGA